AUGAAAAAGACAUUUGGACAGCUUACAUCCGCAAGAGCAGGGAAGCCGGUGCACUAUUUCCAAGACAAAUUGGAAGCUUUGCUCUUUGAGGAGGGCAAAGGAUUAUUGAACGAUCCCAUGAAUAACACCGAUUCUUCCGACAAUACUAAAUUGUUAACUGCCUCAUUUUAUUCGGCAUUAACAAUUGCCCGAAAUUCCAAGCCACACACGAUCAUGGAAUCAACAGUCAUGCCCAUAAUGAUCGACGCUGUUCGCGAAAUCUUGGGAGAAGAUGCCGCUCUAAAGAUAUCAAAAAUGCCUCAUUCAAACAAUACAGUUCACCGAAGAAUUCAGGAGAUGUCAACUGAUGUGAAGAAGCAAUUGAAAUUGUCUGUUGGUGAAAGUCCAUUUUUCGCUCUGCAAUUUGAUGAAUCAGUUGAUGUCUCCGGUGCUGCUCAGCUGCUCUGCUAUGUCAAGUACGUGGGAGAGGAAGAAAUCAAGGAGAGAAUGCUGUUCUGUUUGGCGCUAUCGGGAAGAACCACAGGAGAGUGUCUUUUCCAGGCGAUGAUGGACAAAGUUCAAUUUUUUUAA